GUCGGCAGGGGCAGGGUCAGGCCCAGAGGCAUGGCCAAGGUCAAGGCCAAGGUCAGGGGCAGAGGCGAAGCGGUGAAAUGCCCCGCCAGCAGCAGCAGCAGCAGUAUAGGGCGUACAACCCGCGCGUCGUGCAGCAGCAGCAGCCACAACGGCCGCAGAUGCAGCCACGCAUGCCGUCGUCGUCGUCGCAGCGGGGGAGUUGGCAGAUGCAGCAACAGCAACAGCAGCAACAACAGCCCCAGCGACCGCAGAUGCAGCCACGUAUGCCGUCGUCUUCGUCGCAAAGAGGGAGCUGGCAGCAGCAACAACAACAGGCCUUCCAAGCCCGCAACAACUACACAGACGCACCCUACGGCAGCAUGCCCAUGCCCAACGCGCCACCAAGAGGAGGACGGCGCUACUAUGCGGAAGGCCAAGGCCCAGGGCGCGCAAACCAGGAGCAAAUGCGCGGCCCACCAUCGCAGAUGCAGAUGAUGCCAGGCGGUGGCCAGGGCCGGAACCAAUGGCACUACCAGCAGCAGCAGCGGCCACUACCCCCCGCUCUCAGCACCGGCAUCAGCACCGUCGACGCUGCCGCUGCCGCCGCGUGGCCGCUUCCGUCGCCCCAGCCCGUCUCCCGCGCUGCGACGAGUAUUGCGGCGGCGGGGGAGCUGGCGAGACAGGUUGGGCGUGGUGAUGGUGCUGGUGCGGGUGGUGCUGGAAAUGGAACUGGGGGAGCGGGCUACGCCGGCUACGGCUUCGGCGUCGCGUACAGCACGCCUGAGGCGGAGCCGACGCUUGUCUCGCCCGUUAGUGUCGGUGUAGGUGGGGGUGGCUAUUUCCCUGGUGCAGGCGCAGGCGCGGUCACGCCGCCCGUUGUCCCGCCAAAGGUGCGCCAUGACGAGGGGUACGUGUCGUUUGCGCCGUAUGCGCCUGGGCCGCCACCACCGCCGCAACAGCAGCAGGAGUUGCAACAACAACAACAACAACAACAACAACAGCGGCCCUACGAGCUCUCGCUGCCUACGCCGCCGGAACCGCAACCAGAACCUCCUCAAGAGCAGCAACAGCAACCCCAGCAGCACCCCUCACACCCCUCAUCAACAAUCACAACGCCGACGUCCUCCUUCUCCUCGGCGGAGGACACGCACGGCGAUCCGGAGAAGGAAGCACAGAAUGCGUUGCUGAUCCAGCAGGCACGGCUGCAGGAGCAGCAGCGCGUCGUCGCGGGGUGGCGCGAGGUGUUGCCUGUGAACGCGCAUGCGGAGGGGAUGGAGGGGGCGCCGCCGGCUUAUGAGGACGGGGGCGUGCUGGGCCAACAGGUGCAGGGACAGGGCCAGCAGGUUGGAGGUGGUGGUGGUGUUGUGAGGGAGGGUGCUGGUGUGAGUUCGGAGCAGAGACAAAGACACGGCGACGAGGACGCCCCCGUCGUCAUGCAUGGCGCGAGCUAUCCGGGCAUGGAAUGGGAGCCGCGAUGGGAUGGGGAAGGCGAUGAGGGCGAGGGGACGGGGACUUUGCCUGGAGUGGGUGGGCGGAGGUAAUGUGUGUGUUUGAGUUGUUAGUUGGGUGGUGUUAGGUUGGGGUUUUUGUGUUUUUUGCUUGGUUGGCGUCUAUCUCUGUUUCUGUUUCUAUUCUGCUAUUUUUGCUAUUUUUGCUUCUGUUGGUAUGGGCUAUUGGCUAUUGGCCAUCUGCUGUUUCCUUUGGCGAUCGCGCAUGAUUCCCCCUGUGGCUCGUUCGUUGGUUCGUUUGUUCGUUCGCUGCUUUUCGUUGGUGUCCAUGUCGAGUUAGUUAGUGGUUGGUUUCUUGGUGCUUGGAGCCUUUUCUUCUCCGAUGGAAUGUUGGACGUGUAUGUAUAGUAUAAUACCUACCUCUAAUAGUAUA